AUGGGACAAAUAUUUUCACAAAAUAAUUGUGAAACUCCAGAGAGGUCGAGGGAGUGCCAAAUUUAUGGAAACAACGAACAAGCAAAAAAUUUAUUUCUGAAAUUUUUGAAGUAUGCCAACAUUCCUCAGACUUCUUCCUGGACUGUAGAUGAAAUAAUAGUCGCUUUGAUUCUGUCACAUUUCGAACAAGAAAUCAAUUGUGCUCUUGAAAACAAUCCGGUUUUGCUGUCAACACUUGAAUACAGUACGGGAAAUGAUAAUAAGAAAGCGACAAACAUUUCUGAAUGCUCCGGGAAUGCGAACACGCCAAAAGACACUAUUCAAAAUCAUCAGGAAAUUGGAACAAAUACUAACAAUAAAAACGAAAGUACUUAUAAUGCAUACGAACAGAAUCAGGUCCUUGGGGAUAACUCUUUUGAUUCUACGCAUAGUUGUGUUCAGGAAGGAAUUUCAGAAUCACAAGAGAAAAUGACAACAACCGAAAAUUCAGAAUAUCCAGUCAAGAGCGUCAAAAGUCCCUCCAAUGGUGAGGAUGUCAAAGACGAGAACAGACUUAUUAUUGUCAUAAGAGGAAAAAAUAGCAAAGCAUGUCCAAUAAAUUUGAAAUCAAAGUACAAUGCUAAAGAAGUCAUUGAAAUCCUCUACGAAAGUGAAGAUUUUUAUAAAGAUUUAGAAGAAAAUGAUACGGCAAAAAUGAAAUUGAAGGAAUAUGUUGAUCCAGACAAAAUAUCCAAGUCCGGUGUUCGGGAGAAAGUCCAAAGUCAUAAGCAUAUGAAUUCAUCUGACGAUUCAGCAGGUAAUUGUUCGAGGUCCCCUCAGAAAGAUACCAGCAAACGCAAAAGCAAAAGUUGUUUUGAUGGCAAUAUAUGUGGAAAAAUUCACAAAAUAAUACUAGCUGAUAAUACCUAUAGUGACAAAAAAGAAGUCAACGUUAUUUUUGACGAACCAUUUUGCAAAACUGCGUUUUCAACAUUUUUGGAGUACUACUUGCAUGGAUUGAAUGCAAAGUGGACUACAGAUAUCGAAAAAGAGAAAAAUGUCAACCGUGAACCAGCUUUGCUUCUUUGCUUUAAUUUUUCAAGACUAGACGAUGAUGUUUCUGCAGCAGUAGUAAAAUGUAGCAAUUUGGAUGCACCAGUGAUGCUUGUUAUCAUCCAACCUUGUGAAUACGAGCAGGAAAUGAGGAACCUUUCGACCACCACUCCUGGAAAGCCCAUAGUAGCUCUUACUAACAUCCUGUACAGCAAUGCUUCGUCACAGUGCUUCGAAUGUGAUUUCAACAAGAAAGCCGAAAAAGAUAUUCUCACGUUCCUCAGCGGUUAUAAGAAAUGAAAGUGAUUAUAGAUAUAAAAAGAAGUAUC